AUGGCUGGCGUCCGUAAUUUCAAGCGAGGCAUCGACCUUGUCGCUGCCAGAGCAGCUUUCCCCCACGCACCCCGCGCCUCUAUCGGCUCCACACUCCUUCGGCGGGAGCUCUCCUCCGCGGUGCGGGCAACUUCGCGGACAUCGACCGCCAGGAUCACUGCGCGGGCAGCAAUCCCGCAGGUGCAGGUUCAGUCUGCGCGCUAUGCCUCAAGCUCUAGCGAGCCUCUGCACAAAACACAGUUGUAUGCUCUCCACGAGGCGCACGGCGCCAAGAUGGUGCCCUUUGCUGGGUUCUCCAUGCCGUUGCACUAUGCGGACCUGAGCCAUGUUGAGAGCCACAUGUGGACUCGUGAGAAGGCCAGUCUGUUCGAUGUGAGCCAUAUGGUGCAGCACACUUUGAGCGGACCCGGCGCCCUUGAGCUGCUGAUGAAAGUGAGCCCCUCGUCUCUUGAUAAGCUGGCCCCGAACACUUCUACCCUGUCCUGCCUGCUGGAGGAGGAAACCGGCGGCAUCAUCGAUGACACCGUCAUCACCCGUCGCGGCGAAGACAGCUUCUACUUCGUCACAAACGCCGGCCGCCGCGCCGAGGACCUGGCGUUCCUGCGGGCCGAGAUUGAUGCCUACCGCUACCGCCACGGCACCGACAGUAUCAAGUGGGACAUUCUUGAGGAUCGCGCUCUGGUCGCACUCCAGGGCCCGCUCGCCGCCAGCGCCCUCCAGCCCCUCAUCAACACUUCCGCGUCCAGCGACUCCACCGAUCUGAGCACCCUGUACUUCGGCCAGUGCCGUGAGCUGCACAUCACCCUUGCUAACGGCUCUGCCUCGGCCCAGCCGCUCCUGAUCUCGCGUACCGGCUACACCGGCGAAGACGGCUUCGAGAUCUCCAUCCCCACCUCCGCGGACGCGACCCUGCCCGACCAGGUCGUCAACCUGCUCCUGCAGGACGCAUCCACUGUGCGCCUGGCCGGCCUGGCCGCCCGCGACUCGCUCCGCCUCGAGGCCGGCAUGUGCCUCUACGGCCAUGAUAUCACCACAGCCCAGACGCCCCCCGAUGCGGCCCUGGGCUGGGUUGUUGGCCGCGAACGCCGCGACCCCGCCACGGCCACCUUCAACGGUGCCUCCGUCAUCUUGCCCCAGGUUGCCAGUCCUAAAACCCUGCAGCAGCGCCGGGUUGGGUUGACAGUGGAGAAGGGCUCUCCUGCGCGUGAGGGUGCUGUUGUGGUCGACCUGGCGGACCCGGCCAAUCCAGUCGAAGUUGGCGUCGUCACAUCCGGCCUGCCUAGCCCGUCGCUGGGUGGCGCCAACAUCGCCAUGGCGUACGUGAAGAAUGGCCUGCACAAAAAGGGGACUGAGCUGGGCGUCAAGGUUCGGAACAAGGUGCGCAAGGCGACUGUCGUCGGCAUGCCUUGGAUUGAGAGCAAGUUCCACCGUCCGUCGUAG